GUUUUAUAAGCAUCAUUUUUAAUAACUGUUAUUUAUUUUUCAGAUCGGCAUCUAAUAUGGACAACACAGUCAAAAGGGUAACGUUACAUAUCAAAAUAGCGUUUAUAUUCCUAAACAUGGCGUUAGCCAUGUCAUUAUGCAAAGAAGAGGCAAAAUCUAGACAAAAGAGGAUACUUUGGAUCACAGAGGAUGGGCGAUUAGCGUUACCUCCCGGCACUACAUUGGUCAUGACGCCAUCAUUGUCUAUGCCGUUCGUGCGAUACCCACCUGAAGGAUUCUUCUCUAACCUUACCAUCAGUUUACCAUUUACCAUCGACUUUAACAAGUUGGGCCUUACGGACAACGAGAACCCUUACGGCGUGGUGCCACCUCUUCUAGCCCGCUCGAUGGGUCGAGCCGCAGGCAACGUUUUGGCAGACUACAUCGGAGGGCUUCUAGCCAGGCGCUCCACGAGGUCUGUUCCACCCACACCUCUGAAGGAGAAACGGGUGCCGCAUCCAGAUGCUUUCCAUGGUGGGGAAAGGGCGGUGUUGUAUGUUGCGCUUGAGGACAUGCUGGACAACUUCGGGAUGAACGGCCGAGCAUGCUUGCUGAGGGCCAUAUGUGAGGUGCAUGCAAAUAAGGUGGAGAAGUUCGGGCUCAUUGGAGAGGUGCUCAAGCUCUUCUUGAGCGCUAGUAAAUCCCCUUACGCUGACAUACUAAACGAAUACGUGGAAGCUGAAAAUCUGGGUAGCGGAAAAAACGGUGCUUCUCGAGAAUGUUGGCCAUAUGUGAGAGACUGUCCAAAAUCGCUAUUUUUACCAAGGCACAAUCCCUACAGUGAGACAGAAGAAAAUAACAUUUCUGAUGAACAAGACGAUGCAAACCCCAAGGUUACCUACGGUCAAACCUUCAAUAUGUAGCUCUCAAAUAUAGUCAGUGUACACUGAUGAAGUGUUACAGUGAUACAAAUAAAACGGGUGUGAUCUUCUACUAAGUCAACAAAUAUAAGAUACAUUAUACAUAUGAGAAGAAUGCUCAAGUUGUAAAUAGUAGAUUAAGGAUGAGACGUUAUUAAGGGUAGCUGCACAAGUGAUUAAUUGACAUAUUGAUUUACCAUGCUGUUAGGCAAGUUGUUUUAUUGGCCCCAUACUAUUACCGUUAGCGUUAGUAUCGCAUUCGUAUACGGAGGAGAAUACAACUGGCAACGUGGAUAAUGGUAAUGUAAAAUGGCAACCAUCUAAUUUUUGUCAAAUAUACACUACUGCUGUCCUACGAAGUCUAGAGAAAGAAGGUUAAACAGCGUAAGUGAUGCAAAUAUUCGUAUGAAGCCAAUCCUGUUACCAAGAAUGGUGUAGUUGUCGAAAAUCUAGUGGGCGUAGAGCGUUUGUAUUGAUCUGGGAACCUAUGCAUCGUGGAGGUUUGCGACAAAAAAGCAAAAACACGUAUUACUAGAACGGCCAAGAGAAAAACCUGGAAAAAUGUUUCAAGUUUCUGGAAUGAUCGCUAGGGGGCGUAACUGCAAUCUUGAAUCUAAAAAAGUUUCUGAGAAUUCCGCUAUAUUGACCCAAACAAAAAAUACCUGAUCUUUAAAUUCGAGGAUAAUCUGACCGUUUUUGGUUUGACAAUUUUUGCUGUAUCUCUAAAAAUGAAGUGGUGGGGAGUAUUCAAAGGUUUCCGUAGAAAACACCGUGUAUCGUCAAAACGUCUGAGCCGAUUUGAACAAACUUGGGCUAGUUGAAAAGAGCUAUUCUUGGGCUACAAAUGCUAUAAUAUUUGAAGUUUCGUUAGUUUCACAUAUGGCCACUAGAGGGCUUUUUUCGACAUUCCGACAGAAAUGGUUAAUUUUCUCAAAAAAAAUUAAAUGCACUGGUAUGAUUUUUUUAUGAAGAAGUAGCUAAAUGAUGUCUAAACAAGGUCGCGAAAACCGUAUCUUUAUAUCUUGUUCCUAACCUAAGAUUUAGGCCAAAGAAAAUUUUAUUCCAAAAACCCCUUGAAUUUUUACCUUUUUUAACUAAUCUUCAAGUUUCUGAAAUGGUCACUAGGGGAGCGUAACUUUAUUAACCUAACAAAAAAUACAUGUUCUUCAAAAUUAAAUGCAUUGGUAUGUUUUUUAUGAAAAAGUAGCUCAAUGACAUCUAAGCAAGCUCGCGAAAACCGCAUCUCCAUAUCUUCUUCCUAACUUAAAAUUCAGGCCACAGAUAAUCAUAUACAGAAAUCAUCCCUUAAUUUUUUUUCUAAACUAAUUUUUCUGGACUUAUUAACUUGUGGCCCUAAAAAGGACCGAUUUAAACAAGAAAACAAAACUGCAACUCCAAUUUCGGCUCUCGGUAUAUUACGUAUCGCAUUACGAAUCCGGUUUUUCAUAUCUUCUUUGGUUGUAGGUCGAGUCUGAAACACGAUGUCCUUUAACCGUCCCCAUAAAUAAAAAUCAUGACAAGUUAAGACUUGUGAUCGCGAAGGCCAUGGAAACAGACUUCCUCUUACAAUCCACGUCUGUUGAAAUACUGCAUUAAUAUGCUCUCGUGAAAUACUAGCAAAAUGUGCUGGGCAACCAUCCAACUGCAAAAACAAGCUUUGCCGUGUUUUCAGUGGCAGAUCUUCCAACAGCAGCGGUAAUCGAGUGUCCAAAAAGUCAAGAAAGACCAUUUAGAGAUUGCUCGAAAAAAAUAUGGCCCAAUAGUUCUGUCUCCCAGUAUGCCACACCGCACAUUUAAACUCCAACGCACUUAGUGCUGAACUUCACGCAACCAAUGCGGAUUUUCCAAAAUAAACUUCAAGCAUAUCAACAGCUUCAUCAUUCGUAAAGCGCAUUUGGUAAGCACCAAAAAUAUUAUGUUUUGAUUAGGUAUUUGUUUUGUUGUAUUCCUUGGCCUGCUUCUAUUAUCUCUUUCGUAUAUACCCAUAGUGAAUAUGCAUUUAAACAAAAAAUGUGCCUUUUGUUAUUAACAUUACUUACCUUUUAGCGAUAUUUUGUAAUAUUUUCAAAAAGGUGAUUUUAUCCUGAUGAAUAAAAAAGAAUUGCACAAAAAUUAGUUGAAAAUAAUAAAAAUUCUCGUGGUAAAAUUCUCUUUGGCCUAAAGAUAUCGAGAUGCGGUUUCCGCGAGGUUGUUUAGACUACAUUUAGCUACUUUGUCAAAAAAAGAAUCAUGCCAAUGCAUUUAAGUUUUUUGAGAAAAUUAACUAUUUCUAUCGUAAUGUCGAAAAAAGCCCUAUAGUGGCCACAUGUGAAACUAUCAAAACUUCAAAUAUUACAUUUGUAGCCCAAGAAUAGCUCUUUUCAAUCAGCCCAAAUUUGUUAAAAUCGGCUCAGCAGUUUCGAAGAUACAGGGUGUUUUUUACGGAAACCUUUGAAUAUUCCCCACCACUUUAUUUUUAGAUAUACAGCAAAAAUUAUCAAACAAAAAAGUUCACACUAUCCUCGACUUUGAAGAUCAGAUAUUUUUUUGUUAGAUUAAUAUAGCGGAAUUCACAGAAACAUAACUCAAGAUUGCAGUUACGCAGGGCCACUUCAGAAACUUGAAAAUAUUUUCCAGGUUUUUCUCUUAGCCGUUUUAUCAGAGCUCCUUUUGCCGCAAGCUUCUACGAUGGAUAGGUUCCCAGAUUCAGUACCUCGCAUUCCUAGUUGUACAUAAGAUAGAGAUGACCUUAUGUGCAGCACCUGAAAUUCAUUUGGUACGCAGUGUGCCAACUCACUUCGUGGUCGACAUUUUUGGCUUUAGCCCCAUUCAAUGAGUUUAACCUCCUAUGUCUAGUCUCCAUGUGAUAUCCUUAUCGUGAGCGAGUUCUAUCCGUUUUACAUUGACAAUAAGUCCAUGAAUUGAGUUCAUGGCCAGAUUUCAACAGUAUAAAACCGGAAUUUGACGUCACACAAGUUCUUCUUGAGUUUCUGAACACAAUAAGAGCUUGUUCUAAUUCUUACCAAGUUGAACGUCAAAUACCAUGUUGUCUACCUUGUUUUCCUUUCGAUUAUACUGAACAACUUUACAAUUCAAGUAUGGCAGUUUGAUAAAACUAUAGUAUGCAACAAUAUGGUGGUCAUUUAUAAUAUUCGCCUCAAAAUCAAAACCACAACACUUAUAAAAACUCUAAACGUUUCAAGCAAGAAUUUAUUGAGUGGUUAGUAGCACUGUAUACCGUCAGAUAAUCCAUGAAUUUGUCCCUUGAUGUAAACACAUAAGAGCCGCUUUCCAAUGCCUCAUUUGUUUUUUACGUAAUAACCUUACCGAUGUAAGCAUUUGUAAGCUAUGUUUGUCAUCGUGCUGUCAAUAAAGUCAAUAUUAUUUGAAUUUUCUAGUUUGCCAGGUUGCUACUAUAAAAGUGCGAUACUAGCCCUACAGCUGUCAUUGUGCAUAGCCAAUAAGAUUUUACUAUAUAUGCACUAAACGAAAUUUUGCAUUUUUUCAGAGCUAAGUUGUGCAGUUACCGUCAUAGAAUAUAUAAAAAAAUGCAGAUGUUAUUAAAAAUCAACUGUAGCACGCAAAC